AUUGUGCGUCCAGAGUCCCCCGAUCUUCUUUAUCCUACGCUCCCAGUGAUUCCCAAGUCGAUAAUGCCAUGUGGAAACCCUUGCAAUAUUGGUUUCGCCACAUCAGCUCAGUAUAACCAACACAUGAAGAAUGUACACAACAAGCGUCGAUUCGCCUGUCCUGAAUGUGGAACAACAUUUAGCACGAAAGGUAACAUGACGACUCAUUUCCAACGCGUUCACAAUCAGAGUGACUCUGCAAUUUGUCCAAUCUGUGCAAAGCGAAUAAGCACCCAAUUCAACCUGGAUCGUCACAUCCGAUUAGUUCACCAAACCGAAAGGCAGUGGGAUCAGAGCCCGAAUUCAGUAGUCACUCGUGGAAACGAGACUGAUGAUUCUGCAACUUCACUUGCAGGUGAAGGGUCAGCUCGAAGGCACGGCUAUCUUCUAUGUAUGGCUCCAUCAUCUCAAGCAGCGACACAAAGUCAAGAAGUACAACUAGAAGAGCCUGACAUUACGGUUGUUGUUGCAGAUGUCAGUGUGGAUGUGAACGCUCAACGACGAAGUAAGAAGAAUACUUGA